CGCAGACCUCUUUGAACAUCUAAAAGUUAUUUUAGAAUUUCCGAUGUGCUUUGCGACAUACAUUAUGGCCAUUUUAACAUAAUUUUUUAUAACCUAUACUUGAAAUAAGAAUCUUUAUAGUCUAUAGUAACUAGUAAGUACAAAAAUAAAAAACAAGAUUAACUGAACCACAAGAACUUAUCUACUCUAUAAUUCCUGUUAAAUAUCUCCAUUCGCAAGCAUGAGCUAUAAAGACGUGAGCUUCGUUAAUGUUUUCGUCGGAGGUGAUAUUUUCCUCGCGUACUCUAUAGUCUACAUUUCAAUAUUUAAUAUAUUAUAUUGCAAUUACAAAGAGGUCAGCGGCGUCGGCCGCCACUUGCCACUUGGACAACUGACAGUCGGACUAAUAUAAAAAUAUUAGAAAUAUAGAACAUACUAACGGUUUCCAAAUUGUAAUGAGGUACCUACGAUUACAUUUUUUACACACAAAAUAACUAGGGAACCGCUGGAAUAUACCAAAAUAUAUCAGUAUAUCACAACAAAAAUAUUUAUGAAGUUUCAAGAAAUCUGGCAACGUCGUACCAGUGGUAUUCCCUUUCCCUUCUAAGCACCGAAACCGUCGUAAUGCUAUUAUGCUAUCAAUUGGUAACGCUGAGCUAUCAUGGUCGUUACAAAAAGGAACGCUGAUUUUUAGAAAUUUUUUGAUUAUUAGAAAUAUCUAAGACUGUCAAUAAGAUAACAAUUAAAUCAGUAUUGCAGUAUUCAGUAAGAUAGUGGAAGGUGGUUCAUCUGCACACCGAGUACUUGCAUUAACAAAAAAAUCAUGAAAAUCAGUCCAGUAGAACUUCAGAUAUAACUGUACAAAGAAAUCGCCAUACAAAAAUUCUUUAUUAAUAUACAAAGAUAAAUAUGGCUCCCAAGAAAACUGCAUUUUUUACUUUCUUAGCUUGCUAUAGAGAUGAUGAAAUUAAAAGUGGAAAAAAACCUUCAAGCUAUAAUCAAUUAAGAAUUAAAUUAUUACCCAUAUGGAAUAUUAUGUCUGAUGAUGAAAAAUAUAAAUAUAAAGAUCUUGCUCUUAAAUAUAAUAAUUCAAAUUGUACUCCAAAACAACCGAUUAAACAAAUUACUGAUCAACUCAAAUACAGCAAUGAUUUUUGGAACAUGAAGAAAUAUGUAGCUGAAAUGUUUGAAAAUAUACCUAAUAAUCAGGAGUUAUUAAACAAAAAGUUUAUUUUAUUGCACAUAAAUUGUCAUUCUCAUGCUGGAGAACAGUAUUAUUUUCCUGCUGAAAUAGCAGCAAUAGAAUUUAAUUUAAAAAAUGGUCUUUCUCGAACAUAUCAUCAAAUUAUUGGUAUUUCUAAAAUUUACCCAAGAGGUUUUUCUGGAAGUAUGAGAGAAUUUUCUGACACAUUUCAUCAUAUUAAUUGUUGGGAUGAUCAUCCAGAUGAUUAUCAAGAUAUAUUCUUAGAAUUUUUAACAUUUAUAAAGGGUGGAAUAAUCAAUCAUACAGAUCUAAAAAAAGGCACUUUGGACUUACCAUAUUUAUACACUAUGCAGUCAGAAAUUGGUACUAAUAUGAUGAAAACUAAUAGUAGCUUGGAAAAACUAUACUCCGCAGCUUUUCCUGAAGUUUAUGCUGAACACUGUAAGUCUAUAUUCAAAAUAGGAAGUAUUGAGCAAUUAUUAUUAGAAAUCAAAAAAAAAAUGAACCUACAUUUGGAGCACCAAAAUUUAAGACCAGGAAUGUCAGUUUGUGACAUCUUAGAACAUGAUUUUUAUGGACUAGGUCUUGGUUGUAUGUACCAUGAAUUAAAAGAUAUUUCAUUUAAAUGUUCCAAAGCUCGUGUUAUUCAAUGGAUGUCAAAUAUUUGCAUUCACAUAAAUAUGUAUACUGGUUUAAAUCUUAUACCUGGCAAACACAUGGCAACUCAAUUAAACGAUGGUUCAAAAUUGAUAAUUGAAAAUGAACACUUGCCUCUCACAGCAGCAGAACUAAAAUUGAGCAAAACUACCGACUUCCCAUGACGGCAUAUUGCCUGACUCUUUCAUAUAAUCUACUUUUUACAAACACAAGAUUCUCAUUCAAAUGAUGAAAAUAGAUGACUAGGCUCAAUGAAUAGUCAUGCAAUUGAACUAUUAUAUAUUUUUGUUUAUAAUGUAAUUUAUUUAGUUAUAAUUUAAUGUUUUUUUCUAUGUAAUAAUAGAAAUAUUUCUAGUUUAAUGAUAAUUAAUUUGCACAUAAGAAAUUAUUUUUUUUUUCUUAUGAAGCAUGAUACUAAAUAAUUGUUUUGAUGAUGUUCAAUAAUUUUUAUUAAAUGAUUGUAUUUUAUUAAA